GCCGGUGUCGGCCUCACCGCACCAAGUCGGACGCCGACUGGCGCAGGGGCGUUUCCGUAAACCCCGCGCCUCGCCCGGUCGCUUCCGCCGUCCCGUCCCCGCAUCGCGCCUCGGACUGCGGACCAUGCCUCGUCACGGUCCCGCGUGGAUGGUCGGUUAUGCCCCUGGCUCCCGCGCGGCGCAACGCACCCCGCCUGAGGGCUAUCUGGUGCGGUGCGGCUCGAUCCGGCCCGACGAUUCCGAUCCCUUCGCGUCCACCAUCCCGUCUCGCUCUCGGUCUCGCGCUCCACGCCGGCGACCGGAGAAGGGGCCGCGCAUGUGACGCCCACGGCGAAUCCCUCCCCUCCUCUCCGGUGCCGCCUUCAGCCGACCCGCGGCGACGUGCCAGGAUUGAAGGGGGGAUGAGAAGGUGGACAUCGUUGCUCUAGUGAUUUGAUCACCAGAGAUGGUGUUGGUGGUGAAGCAGCAUCGCUGCACGCACUCUGUGAGCUGUGUUUGCAUCAAGGGCCAUCUCAGUGAGGAUGCUCUGUUCCUCGUCUUCCGCCACAUGAACUGGAACCCAAGGCUGAUUGCUAUCCUGUCAUGUGUGUGCAAGUGGUUUGACGAGGUUGCCAAGCAGGUGCUGUGGAAGGAGUUCUGUCAUGCAAGGGCUUCAAAGAUGAUGCUGGAUUUGCAUUCAGGUGGUAGCCACAUUGUUGAUGGGAACUGGAAAGCGCUGGGGAAGCUGCUCAUCUAUUGCAAUGGCUGCACAAAAGGGGGGCUCUUCAAUAACAUCCAUGUUCCAGGCCAUUUUGUGUUCAGGACACGCUUUUCUAGGACUGCGGGCAGGAGUUUCCUGCCUCUGCCAUGCAAGUCAGACGUGUUGUAUGUGUCAGAUCCAUGUGAGCAUCUUGAUCAAGGGGAAGAAGGCGACUUAGGUUUCUUUCGAGGCAUCUUUAAGUCAUUCGCCACUUCAAGAGUGAAGAAGAUGUUGAUUGAGAAGCGGGCUAGGUUUCAUCCAAGGGAGUUGUGCUCUUAUUGUAAGUCGAAGCUAUGGAACAUGUUCCAGGAAAAUAUGAUUCCAAGGAGUGCUUCUGCUAGACUGGGUGCCUAUGAUGAUUCCGUCGAGUAUUUUGUAUGCUUGAAUGGGCAUGUUAUUGGACUUGGUACCCUGCUACCACUCUCAGACUCGGAGGAGGCAGCAGAUGAGUAAUCAUCAAGAAUGAGUCAGGUUGGUCUAUCUCUAUUCCAUGGCAAAUUUCUUCUUGAAACUUUUCAGUAAACAUCAAGUUUCAUGCGCAGACAUGUCUGGAUGUACAACAUAGACUGGUUCCUCUUCAAUAUUAGUUUGUGUUUGCAUACACUUAAUGCUUAAUCCUAUUUAUUUAAUGCAUAGCUUGAUCAGCAUUUCAUAUUGUAUACCAACAUUUUCUCCUUGGAACAGCGAAGGAACUUUGCAUAAGCUUGUUGGGAUAUCAUAUCACAUAAUGCUUAUUUGAGAUUUUUUAGGAAUUUUUGACAUUUAAAAAGGAAACAUUAGUAGCAAAACUAUUCUCAAGGGUUUGUAUGCUUAUUUUGUGAUGGCAUCAGAGUUAGUGAAUCGAUUCUUAGAAUCCCAAAUGUUUAACGUGGUCUCUGUCUAUUUCUCACACCCUUAUGUUUGCCUCUACUUUUGAAGUUAUAUAUACUAGUAGAUAUUUGUAUGGUACAGCAAGUCACAAUUGGUGAUCAUUAUCUUCAUUUUAGAAGUGGCAGUACACAAGUUUCGGGUGGCAGUUAGAAUGCUUUGACCCAAACAAAAUUCACCAUUUAAAUUCUCACUUCUUGCACUCGACAAAUAGUAGAGCACUAGAGAAGUAAAUCUAUGUUGAUGGUAUAAUGCAGUUGUUUUGAAUUCUGUUUAAUCAAAUAUCUACAUGACAACAAUUCGUUAAUAUAAAUCUAGACGUACUGGUUAUCUUCAGAAGAGCCAUAUUGUCCGGUCAGUUUGUUCUUUUUAUUUUAUUUGUGAAAAAUAUGAGGAAAAUGUGCAUUGCUGACAUCCUGUUUUAUUUGUGAUUGCUACUUUACGUUGCUUUAUCUACUAGGCCAUAACAAAUUAACAACAUCCGGUGACAAGUGCGCCAGUUUAAGGAAGGUAGCAGAGUCUCUGUCUCAAAUAAAAGGGUGCCAGGGCUAUGAUCUAGUACGUAUUUACCACUAAUAGUAGAUAAAAAUUGCAUUGUACUGACAGCGCAUCUAUGUAGGGUAAAAGCUAGUCUAAACAGAAAUUCUUGUCCUGGUGAAGUAACAAACAUGUGUUCAGAAUUGAUCCCCAUCCUGUUGACAGGUUUGGAAGAUUGAAGCCCAGGACUUGCGAAAAUGGUACUGAAUCUUGGUUGUGACUAGCAGAGAGUGGGAUGACAUUGGUUCAGCAAACUGUUGCACGACAAGAAUCUGUGGUGGGCUCUGCGUCGGACUACCCCUGUGUUCUUGCACCUGAUAACAAAAAAAGAACCCAAUUUCGAAGGACGAGAAAGAACCAAAUGCACACGGUUCAGCUCAUCCUUUUGAAUUGAUCAUCCAUCAGAGCUAGCAUAACAUAACUAUAUACAUUGAUAAGUAGGUUAAAAUAGAUCAAACAAUCUCGGAGAUAAAUAAUGUACUCUUGUAGUCUUGUGAGUAGCUAACACGAUAUUUGGUAUAAGUUUCAUAUCCUUACUUUUCACAUAUGAGCAUUCAUAUCUGCUAGUUAUAAGCAGCAUGUUGUAAAAGUGUUGUGGAAAUGAUUGAGUAAAUUUGACGGUGGUUGAUAGUUAGACACCAUUUUCUA